ACCAGAAAUCAAAACGGACACAUAGAUACGGUUUGAGGAAAAGAAGAUGGAAGGAAGCAGGAGAGUGGGUGUCGCCGUGGAUUUCUCUGAUUCCAGCAGGAACGCAUUGCGCUGGGCGGUGGACAAUGUCAUCCGGAAAGGCGAUCAUCUGAUUCUGGUUACGGUUCACGCCAAAGCCUAUUAUGAAGAAGGCGAGAUGCAGCUUUGGGAAGCCACUGGUUCACCUUUGAUCCAGCUUUCGGACUUCUCUGAUCCAAACAUCAUGAAGAAGUAUGGAGUGAAGCCUGACCCUGAGACCCUGGAUAUUGUAAACACUGCUGCUGCGCAGAAAGAGAUUGUGGUGCUGUUGAAGAUCUAUUGGGGCGAUGCACGAGAAAAGAUAUGUGAGGCCAUUGAUAGUAUCCCUCUCAGCUGCAUUAUUAUAGGAAACAGAGGGCUUGGAAUCCUUAAGAGGGUUAUAAUGGGCAGUGUAAGCAACCAUGUUGUGAAUAAUGCUUCUUGCCCUGUUACUGUAGUGAAGACCUAACUUCCUCACCCCGCCCCCCCUCCCCCAUCCCCAUUAAUAAGCACCGUUUCUAGCGCAGAUAAUUUCCUUGCAAUGGCUAGUGAUAUCUUGUAUGGCAUGUAGAGAGGAGUUGUUUGUGAACCCUUUUGUCGGAAUUGGAGAGGGUUCAAGUUCACGGACACAUUGAUGCAGUUAUUUGUAUAUGCUAGAUCAGCUAUUUUAGCCGAACUCAUUGCUCAUCAUGCAGUUUACCUAUAUUGUGGAGAUUAAGUUUUUUUCUGCAGUUAUUUAAAAUUUUUGU